AUGAGUGGGCAAACUGAAGUUACAAAUAGGGCAUUGAAAAGAAUACUAGAAAGAUCGGUUGGAAGUAAUAGGAAAGAGUGGUCAGAUAAGCUUGAUGAUGCACUACGGGCAUUUAGAACAGCUUUUAAUACACCUAUUGGCACUACGCCAUCUGAAUUUAGAACUAACUGGUUAAUGCAAUUGAAUGCCUUUGAAGAUCUUAGGAACGAGGCAUACACUAGUUCUUUGAUUUACAAAGAAAAGACCAAGAAGUGGCAUGACAAAAGACUCAAGGGUAAUAAGGACUUUUACGAAGGACAAAAGGUGUUACUUUUUAAUUCAAGGAUAAAACUAUUUCUGGGCAAGCUUAGGACACGGUGGGAUAGUCCAUUUAUAGUAAAGAAAUUUUUUCCACAUGGAGCUAUUGAGCUAAUAUCAAGAGAUGGAACUCCUUUCAAGGUCAAUGGUCAUAGGGUGAAAAAAUAUGAAGAAGGAAUUCCGAGAAAUGAAGAAUUUGAAGAAGGGAUGCUGCUGGAAGGGAUUACAGAGACGUAA